UGUGUGCGUGAUUGAAGCAAUUUAAAAAGCGUUCAAUCAGUGUAGCUGUGCGAGAAAUCAGUGCACUGGAGUGAUGCAUUAAGUACUUUCCCACUCAGCGAAAACCAGUAAGGCUGAGACCUCAUAAGUUUAAGUAUAUGCGGACGUAUCAUAACUUCCAGCGUUUGUUGCGAAUCAGUCUUCAUAAAGCUCCCGAAAGGGGGAGAUGAGGGCAGGGAGAGAGAGAGAAGGCAAAGUCUUUUGUGCUUCCCCUCCCCCUCAUCAAAGCAAAGGGGAAAUGUCUCUGCCAAGCCGUCUGUCAGGUAAAAAGAAGAACAGAGGGGGCCUCCGACUGUCUAAGGAGGUCUUUGAGCAGCCCCAACCUGCAGCUACACCCCCGCGAGACCUGGACUCCAAAGCGUGUGUGACUAUUGGUGAUAAGAACUUUGAGGUGAAAGCAGAUGAUCUGGAACAGAUAGCGGAGUUGGGCAGGGGGGCUUAUGGAGUGGUUGAUAAAAUGAGGCACGUGCCCAGUGGACUGAUUAUGGCCGUGAAGAGGAUCCGGGCCACGGUGAAUACACAGGAGCAGAAGAGGCUGUUGAUGGAUUUGGACAUCUCCAUGAGAACUGUAGACUGUUUUUACACAGUGACUUUCUACGGCGCCCUGUUCAGAGAGGGUGAUGUGUGGAUCUGUAUGGAACUGAUGGACACGUCACUGGACAAGUUCUACAAGCAGGUCAUUGAGAAGGGCCUGACCAUCCCUGAAGAUAUUCUGGGCAAAAUGACUGUAUCGAUUGUCAAAGCUUUGGAAUAUCUGCAUAGCAACCUCUCAGUCAUUCACAGAGACGUGAAACCCUCGAACGUUCUCAUAAACACAGAGGGCCAGGUGAAGAUCUGUGACUUUGGCAUCAGUGGUUAUCUGGUGGACUCUGUGGCCAAAACCAUGGAUGCUGGCUGCAAGCCUUACAUGGCACCGGAACGGAUAAACCCUGAUCUCAAUCAGAAGGGUUACAAUGUCAAAUCGGACAUAUGGAGUUUAGGGAUCACAAUGAUUGAGUUGGCCAUUUUGCGUUUCCCGUACGACUCUUGGGGCACACCGUUCCAGCAGCUGAAGCAGGUGGUGGACGAACCAUCUCCACAGCUGCCCGCCGACCGCUUUUCCCCCGAAUUUGUGGAUUUCUGCUCCCAGUGCUUAAAGAAGAAUUCAAAUGAGAGGCCAACUUAUGCAGAACUCAUGCAACAUCCCUUCUUCACUCUUCACGACUCCAAAGAGACAGACGUGGCCAGUUUUGUCAAAGUCAUCCUCGGGGUCUGAUUGGUGGCUCCUUCACUGCAGAUCAGUGUGUGUGUGUGUGUGUGUGUGUGUG